CGCUCACCUCGCUUGAUAAUUAGGACAAACUUACAAAAAUACAAGCCCACAAACCCUAGGAACCAUGUCUGCCGCUGCGCUGUCGCAGCUGGCGGAGGUGGCAAGCGGGGACCUGACCGGGAGGAGAGCAGACGCAGCGCUUACCGAAGCAGCUGAGGCAGUUCAGGAACUACGUAAUGGAGCUGGCUGGUCUGAGCUUGAGGGCGAGGAGGUCUCAGCUGUGGCGCUGACUCGCGCGCUCGGCGACUUGCUCAAGCAGGAGAGCACAGCACUUCGCGGAAAUGCUGCAUCCAUAUACGUUGGGCUUCUCGCACUUCGUGGCGCCCCGGUGGGCACGCUGUGCGAGCCCUACGCCUUCGCGGCCUUCAUCCAAUGCCUCAAGGGCAUCUGCCUGCCCACCAAGAAGGCCCCAGCCAGCGGCGAUGCCACGCAGCAAGACGGCGAGGCAGACACCGCGGCGCCGGUGGUGUCGCCGGUGGCGCUGCUUGAGGACCUGGGAUUGUUCCUGAAGCACCACAGCAUGCGCGGCAACAGUGAGAUGUUUGCGCUGCUGCUGGACGCCCUGGUGGAUAUGACCGGCAGCGCGGUGUCCGCCUCCAGCGGCGGCGGCGGAAGCGGCAAGGCCGGCAAGCGGGGCGGCAGCAAGAACAGCGGCGCCUCCGUCUCUGACGCGGCCUUCGCGCUGCUGCCGGUUGCACUGGACAGCCGCCACGGCAACGUGGCACAGACGCUGGCGGUGGUGGCGAACAAGCUGGUGCCCACGCUGGUGGGAGCUGACGGCGGCGGAGGCGGAGGAGGGGGCGGCAAGCGCGGCGGCGGCGGCCAGGCUGUGGACCGGCGCGGCGCGGCGCUGGGCCUGGUCAACAGCCUGCUGAGCACUCAGCCCGCCGUCAAGCCCUGCCGCCUGGCGCUGAUGCGGCAGCUGUGCCUGCGCGCGCCCGACAAGGCCGACUGCCGAGCCACAGCCGUGGCGUCCGUGCAGAGCCUGGUGUCCAGCUGCGACGGCGCGGAGCUGCGGGCCCUGUGUGUGUUCCUGCACCGCCUGUCGCGCACCCAGAAGCCCGGCCACCGCAUGGUCGCGGUGGAGCUGGCUGGGGCGCUGCUGGCGUCGCUGCCGGCGCCGUUUGGGCCGGAGGGCGAGUACAAGCACAUGCUGGACGGCAGCCGCGGCGCGGGCGACGAGCUGGAGGCGCCCUGGAGCGCGCUGUGCUUGGGGGCGCUGGUGGCGCGCACCAACGACAAAUCCGCCAGCGUUCGCGGCAAGGCUCUGACGUGUCUGGCGGAGGUGGCGCAGUCGUUCGCCAAGGACCUGGCGGCGGCGGCGCAGCGGCAGGAGCCGCUGGACGAAUGCAGCGCCGCCGCCUUCGUGCCGGCCCUGUGCGCUUCGCGUCACAUCUGCGUGCAGGUGGCGGCGCCCAAGGGCGCGGGCAGGGCCCAGGGCGCUGCCGCGGAGGGCGGCGCGGAGGAGGAGGAGGAGGAGGAGGACGACGAGGAUGAGGAGAUGGAGGAUGCGGAGGCGCAGGAGGGAGACGGUGAGGCCGCCGCCGCCGUGCUACGGCCGCCCAAGGAGGCCAAGGUGACCGCGACCAUCCCCGCCAAGGUCUCGCUGGACCUGGGCUGGCUCAAGUCGCUGUGCCACGCGCGCUGCCGCGACGACAAGGCGGCGGUGCGGAAGGCCGCCCUGGCGCUUCUGGAGGCGGGGCUGGAGCUGGGGGCCGCCACGGGGGCGGCGGGCGGCGACGCGCCCAGCACACACGACGUAAUGGUUCUGGAGGACGCCACCGCAGACACGCUGGUGUCGGUGCGCAAGGCCGCGCUGCAGUCGGUGUGCAGCCUGGCACUGUGCUACCCGCACCACCCCGGACUAGCGGGCGUGUGGGCGCGCUGCGUGCUGCCCAUGAUCCGAGACCCCGAGACAGCCAUCCAGGACACGGUGCUGGACCGCCUGGCCGCGCUGCUGCUGGACCCGCUCGCCAAGCUGGCCAGCGGCAGCAGCCGCGGCGCCGCCGGCGCCGCCGGCUCCUCCUCCGCCUCCGCGGCCGUGCUGUUCCGCGGCUUCACGCCGGCGCAGCAGGCGGUGGCGGAGGAGGUGCGGCAGCGGCUGGCGGCGCUCGCGGCCAUGGGGCGCGGCGCCAGCGGCUGCCUGGGCCGGGCGCUGGCAGCGAUGAGCGCACGCAAGCUGCUGCGGGCGCCGCAGGUGGCGGCGGGGCUGGAGGCGUUCCUGCUGGCAGCGGCCGCCGAAGAGGCCGACGCCGCCGCUGCGGCGCCGCCCGGCCCUCGUGGCCGCGGUGCCAAGGGCGCCGGCGGUCCUGGCGACGCGGCCUGGGACGCGGAACGUGAGCGGCGGCGCGCGUCUCGCGACCAGCGCGAGGGCGCGUGGCUGGUGCUGGUGGAGGUGGCGGCGCAGGACCCGGCGGCGCCCUCCUGGCAAUUCCUGCAGCGGCGCUGGGAGGAGCUGCGCGGCGGCGGCGGCGGCGGCGGCGGCGGGGCGGCGGCGGCGGCUCAGGAGGGCGCUAUGCUGCUGUGGGUGAUCAGCCAUGCUGCGUCGCGCUUCCCAGCUGCUGACGCCGCCACCCUGGCGUCUGGCUUGCUUCAGGCCGUCCUGGGCUUCAGCCUGCCGUGUGCGGCGGUGGCGGCGCACCUGGCGGCGCUGCACCGCCUCACCACCGCCGCGGGAGGCAGCGGCGGCGGUGGUGGUGGUGGCGGCGGUGUUGGCGGGAAUGGUGGUGAUGCCGAUGCGGUGGAGGAGGGCGGCGAGGCGGCGGUGGGGCCGCCGGCGAGGUGGUGCGCCCGCGUGGUGGCGGCGGCGGAGGAGGUGCUGGGGGCAGCCAUGGAGGCGCGCGGCAACAUGUCCGCCGGCCAGGCCGCCCGCACGCAGCUGGCGCUGUUCACGCUGGGCGAGGUGGCGGUGCUGCGGGAGCUGCGGGCGGUGCCGGGCGGCGCCGCAGUCAAGGUGCAGGCACUCACCAGCAUGACCAGCAGCAGCUGGAGGCCGGCGGCGGCGCCAGGAGGAGCAGGAGGAGGCGGAGGAGGAGGGGCUGGAGCCGGGCGCGUGCUGCAGGCGGGCCCUGCUGCUGCCGGCGCGGCGGCGGCGGCGGCCACGGCUGUGUGCGCGCAGGCGUGGACGUGCCUGGGCAAGCUGUGCAUGGUGGACGAGGGGCUGGCCAAGAAGUGCGUGCCGCUCAUGGUGCAGGAGAUGUCCUCCAGCCCCAGCCCCGCCGUCCGCAGUGUGCUGCUGGUGGCGGUGGCGGACAUGGUGGUGCAGUUCACGGGGCUGGCGGACGGACACGUGGCGCGGCUGGCGGCGGCGGUGCGCGACCCGCACGAGCUGGUGCGGAGGCAGGCUCUGGCGCUGCUGGCGAACCUGCUGCUACGUGACUUCGUCAAGUGGCGCGGCGCACUGGUGCACAGGUUCCUGCUGGCGCUUGUGGACGAGUCCGCGGGCGUGCGGCAGCUGGCCACCUACCUGCUGGGCGACAGCCUGGCAGCCAAGGCGCCGCUGCUGGCCUACAACCACUUCAUAGAGAGCCUGUUCGUGCUCAACGACUGCACCUCGGGCGUGCACGCCAGCAGCCGCGGCUCCUCCUCCUCCGCCGCCGGCUCCGACCUGGCUGCCGAGCUGGCGCUGCACAGUGCGCUGGAGGGCGGCGGCGGCUUCCACCUCAAGGGGGCCAGCCCCAUCAUGCGCGCCAAGCGCGACAUCAUCUACACCAGUCUGCUGCGGCGCAUGAGCCCCGAGCACCGCUUCGCCGCCUCGGCCAAGAUGGUGGCGGAGGUGCUGGGCGGAGUGGUGGACGGGCUGCUGCCGCUGACGGGAGGCGCGGCGGCGGCGGCGGCGGCGGGGGGCAGCUCGGCGGCGGCGGCGGCUGUGGGCGGCGCGGAUGAGGUGCUGGGGGAUGCGCUGCGGCUGCUGGCCUGCAAGGAUAUGAAGGUCAACACCAGCAAGUUCGGUGCGGGCGGCGCCGAUGAAGACCUGGAGCCCAGUGCAACACAGGAGGACGCAAGCAGGGCGCGCGGCAAGCUGGUUGGCGCCAUGAUGCGCAAGCACCUGGCCGAGUCGGUGGUGCCGCUCAUGGUGGAGCUGAGGUACCUGCUGCAGGCCCAGAAGCACCCGCUGCUGGGCAGCCUCAUGCUGUGCCUGGCCUCGCUGCUGCGCGACCACAAGGGCGAGGUGGAGGACAUACUGGUGGCGGACAAGCAGCUGGCGCGCGAGAUCCUGCACGACCUCAAGCACUACGAGGCGCUGGCCAGGACGCAGCAGGCCGCACACGAAGCCGCCAUGGCAGCGGCGCUGUCGGGAGGCGGCGGCAGCGGCGGCGGUGCGGUGCCGCUGCAGAGGGACGCGGUGCCGGAGGCGGCGGCGGUGGUGACGGUGGCGGCAGGCGCGGGCGCGGGUCCGUCCACGGCCGGGGCCAUGCCGCCGCCCAAGGCGCCGGCGGCGGGCGAGGGCCAGCGGCGCCGGAGCAUGCUGGAUGGUGUGGAGCCGCGCGCCACGCCGCUGGCGGCGGAGGUACUGCUGGCCACCGCCGCCAAGCGCCGCCAGCCCCAGCCCCAGUCUCAGUCGCGGCCACACACGCCCUAUGCCGGCAGCGCAGCCGGCGGCCUGCCGGCAGGCGCCAAGACCCCCGCAGCCGCGCUGGGCGGGGCGGGCGCGCUGCCCGGCACCGCCAUGCGAACGCCGCGAACUGGACUGCUGGGCACUGGGCUGCGCGGCAGAGGCAUGGCCGCCGCGGGCUUGGGCUUCGGUGGCGCCGCGCCCUCGCCGGCGCCGCUGUCUGCCCGCGCGCAGCGGCCUCUGCAGGGCGCCGGCGGCGCCGCCGCGGGCCUGCUGCUCUCACCCGCCGCGGUGGCGGCGGGCCGCGCGCGGACGGAGGCGGCGGCUCUGGCCGGCGGCGCCGUGGACGCUGCGGCGGAGGCGGAGCCAAUCCGGGUGGUGCUGCCCUUGCCUGACCCUGAGGAGGCGGCGGCGGCGCAGCAGCGCAGCCGGCCGCUGGGCCCACACAACCCACAAGCAGGCGGCGACGGCGCGGAGGGUGCCGCGGCAGCGGCGGCACCGCACCGUACCCCGCCCGCCGCCCUGGCGGCGGCGGUGCGCGCGGCGCGCAAGGCCGCGGCCGCAGUCACGGACGGCGAGCAGCCGGAGCAGGAGGCAGGCGAGAGCGGCGGCAGUGGCGGCAAGGACGGGGGCCGCGCAGCGUCUGCUGCGAUGAAGGUGGAGCCGGCACAGCCAGGGCAGGAGAACACGGCGCCGGAGGAGGAGGCGGCUGCACCGGCCGGGAGGCCGAAGCGAGGCGCCGCGCCUGCAGCUGCAGCCCCGGCGGCGGCGCCGGCGGCGGCCGGCAAGGCGGCGGGCCGCAGCACCAAAGUGAAGACGGAGCAUGGGGUGGCGGAGGCGGCUGCUGUCAGGGUGAAGGAGGAGCCGGCGGCGGGCGGGCGCGGCACGCGUGCGUCCAAGCGCCGCCUGGGCAACACAUGAUCUGUAUGAUGCGGUCGAAUUGUUGUGGAACCGAUGUUGCAAUGAGUUCAGGGUGACGUGGAUGACUGGAUGUACAGGGUUCUCCUAUCGGAGGCAGGUGGUGGACGUGUGUAUGUGUGUACGGGUUGCGCCCAGAAUGGGAUGAGGCUGGGAUCUGUUUGAACCCUGCUUUGACGUUUGACCGUGAACGUGGACGAAAACUUUACAUACUGCGCAAGUUGACAUGACCAGGGCUGCACUCAGACCCCUAAUAUAGCUCCUGGCACGGGUGUAAGUUUGCAUGUUU